UCUUUGGCCGCGGGCUCUCUGGCCCGCUCGUCCUCUCUAUGGUUCAGGCCUCCGGAAGGGGGUCGGCUUGCGCGGGCGGUGUGAGGGCCUGGGAGCGUUACGCGGCAGGGAAGAGGGUUGGGGGCGCCAGGCGCUGCGUGGGUCGCACGGACCCGGCCUUCCCGUGAGCCUUGACUGACAAGGGCUGAAGGGGGCGCGGGAGGCCCAGGAUGCGGGCUCCGGGAGCGGGCACGGCCUCGGUGGCCUCGCUGGCGCUGCUCUGGCUGCUGGGGCUUCCGUGGACCUGGAGCGCGGCGGCGGCCUUCGGUGUGUACGUGGGCGGCGGCGGCUGGCGCUUCCUGCGAAUCGUCUGCAAGACGGCGAGGCGGGACCUCUUCGGCCUCUCGGUUCUGAUUCGUGUACGGCUGGAGCUGCGUCGACACCGGCGUGCAGGGGAUACGAUCCCACGCAUCUUCCAGGCAGUGGCCAAGCGGCAGCCGGAGCGCCUGGCGCUGGUGGACGCAAGCAGCGGUGCAUGCUGGACCUUUGCACAACUGGACACCUAUUCCAAUGCGGUGGCCAACCUGUUCCACCAGCUGGGCUUCUGUCCCGGCGACGUGGUGGCUGUGUUCCUGGAGGGCCGGCCCGAGUUCGUGGGGCUGUGGCUGGGCCUGGCCAAGGCUGGCGUGGUGGCUGCCCUGCUCAAUGUCAACCUGAGGAGGGAGCCCCUGGCGUUCUGCCUGGGCACGUCAGCUGCCAAGGCCCUCAUUUAUGGAGGGGAGAUGGCGGCAGCGGUGGCGGAGGUGAGCGAGCAGCUGGGGAAGAGCCUCCUCAAGUUCUGCUCCGGAGACCUGGGACCUGAGGGUGUCCCGCCCGACACGCAGCUCCUGGACCCCAUGCUGGCCCAGGCAGCCACCACACCCCUGGCAGAAGCCCCAGGCAAGGGCAUGGACGAUCGGCUGUUUUACAUCUACACUUCGGGGACCACCGGGCUCCCCAAGGCGGCCAUCGUGGUGCACAGCCGGUACUACCGCAUCGCCGCCUUCGGCCACCACUCCUACAGCAUGAGGCCCGCCGACGUGCUGUACGACUGUCUGCCGCUCUACCACUCGGCAGGGAACAUCAUGGGUGUGGGACAGUGCGUCAUCUACGGGCUCACCGUGGUGCUGCGGAAGAAGUUCUCCGCCAGCCGCUUCUGGGACGACUGUGUCAAGUACAACUGCACGGUGGUGCAGUACAUCGGGGAGAUCUGCCGCUACCUGCUGCAGCAGCCGGUCCGCGACGUGGAGCGGCGGCACCGCGUGCGCCUGGCCGUGGGCAACGGGCUGCGGCCGGCCAUCUGGGAGGAGUUCACGCAGCGCUUCGGCGUGCGGCAGAUCGGCGAGUUCUACGGCGCCACCGAGUGCAACUGCAGCAUCGCCAACAUGGACGGCAAGGUCGGCUCCUGCGGCUUCAACAGCCGCAUCCUCACGCACGUGUACCCCAUCCGUCUGGUCAAGGUACACGAGGACACGAUGGAGCCGCUGCGGGACGCCCAGGGCCUCUGCAUCCCGUGCCAGCCGGGGGAGCCCGGCCUUCUCGUGGGCCAGAUCAACCAGCAAGACCCUCUGCGGCGCUUCGAUGGCUACGUUAGCGACAGCGCCACCAGCAAGAAGAUCGCCCACAGCGUGUUCCGCAAGGGCGACAGCGCCUACCUCUCAGGUGACGUGCUGGUGAUGGACGAGCUGGGCUACAUGUAUUUCCGCGACCGCAGUGGGGACACCUACCGCUGGCGCGGGGAGAACGUGUCCACCACCGAGGUGGAAGCCGUGCUGAGCCGCCUGCUGGGCCAGACUGACGUGGCCGUGUACGGGGUGGCCGUGCCAGGCGUGGAGGGCAAAGCCGGCAUGGCGGCCAUUGCGGAUCCCCACGGCCAGUUGGACCCUAACUCCAUGUACCAGGAGUUGCAGAAGGUUCUGGCAUCUUAUGCCCGGCCCGUUUUCCUGCGUCUUCUGCCUCAAGUGGAUACCACAGGCACCUUCAAGAUCCAGAAGACCCGGCUGCAGCGCGAAGGCUUUGACCCUCGCCAGACCUCAGACCAGCUCUUCUUCCUGGACAUGAAGCAGGGCCGAUACCUGCCCCUGGAUGAGGGAGUCCACACCCGCAUCUGCACUGGGGACUUCUCGCUCUGAUGCACCUGGCCAGUGGGCUGGCCUGGACUCCGAGCCCCGGGCACCUGAUGCCCUCAGGGGCCUCUUCCGCUGACCACCUGGCCAGCAGCACCAGUGGGUGUGAGAUCGGAACAGGGAGGGCCUGAGCCGCCACCAGGCGACUCCUCCAUCCCACAAUGCAUCCAUCCAGCCUCCGCCUUUCUCCUUCUCUCCAUCUCUCGCCCCACCCGCCAUAGCCCACAGCACACCCUGGCUGCUGUGUCCUGCUCUGAGACUAGCCCAGGGGCCCAGGCUGUGGCAUCCGCCUCCCUCGCUGCUGUGCCUUAGGAACCUGUCCUAGGCUCCCCUUGGUCCACCCAGCUGCCCUCCCUACGGAGGGUCUGUAGCACACUCACUUUAGCUGGGCGACAUGGGCAGCCCCACUGACCCCCAGUCAACUGGAAAUUUUAUUUUAUUUGUUUUAAGACAGUGUCUCACUGUGGAGGCCGAGCUGGCCUCCAACCGUCCAUCUUACCGCCUCUGCCUGUCCUAGUAACUGCGCCACCCUGCAGUCCCAGAGGGUGACAUCUGUGCACUAUCGUCCCUAGUCCCCACUUUCCCUUUCCCCUCAUGCCUUGGAAGCUUCUGGAACUGACUGUGACCACUUGGAUGUGGCCAGUCAUGGCCCUGACCACAGUUGUCUGUUCAGGGGUCCCCAGGCAUCCCUUCCUCGGGUCCUGACCCUUCACAGCAGGAGGGACCAGGAAGGUUGCCGUGGUGUUCCUUGGGUGCCCGGCCACAGCCCUGGGUGCUCCCCGUUGUGUCAGAGCCCAGACCCUGCCGCUUGGGACAUGCCAGGUCUACCUGUCUGGCUCCCAUGAUCUCCCGAGGUCAUCGGGGACUCAACUCAGUCACCCAGCCCAGCCUCUGCCCUCCUGUGUCGUCAAGGACAGAGACCCGGAGAGGGUGUGGACAGCAUCCACAGGCUGCCCCGCAAUCCACACACACAAAUGUCACUUCCUUGUUGGUUUUCAGAAAUAAACGUACUGAGCCUUGA